UCCAGUGUGCAGAUUUGUCGUUCACAAACGAUGCCAUGAGUUUGUAUCCUUUGUGUGUCCGGGAAAAGACAAAGGGCCACAGGCUGAUUGUCCCAGCUCUCAACACAAAUUCAAGAUUGCCAGCUACACAAGUCCAACGUUCUGUGAUCAUUGUGGAUCAUUACUUUAUGGAUUAGUUCGUCAGGGAAUGAAAUGUGUUUCAUGUAACAUGAAUGUCCACAAGAGAUGCAUUAACUUUGUGCCUGCAUUAUGUGGACGUGAUCACACUGAGAAAAGAGGGAGAAUUCAACUAAAAGCUGAGAUUGGUGACGGAAAACUAGCUGUUACAGUUCAAGCAGCAAAAAAUCUUGCUCCAAUGGAUCCUAAUGGACUGUCUGAUCCAUACGUGAAAAUCAAGUUGAUCCCACCACAGAAGAAAGAUAUGAAAAACAACAGUUGGAAAAGGAAAACAACCAUUGUAGAAAAAAAUCUCAACCCUGAGUGGAAUGAAACAUUAGUUUUUACAUUACGAGACACAGAUAAGGAUCGGAGACUUUUAGUUGAAGUUUGGGACUGGGAUUUGGCAUCGAGUAAUGAUUUUAUGGGGUCGUUGUCAUUCGGGAUAUCAGAACUGAUGAAGAAUCCGAUAGAUGGAUGGUUUAAACUUCUUACUCAACAAGAAGGUGAAUUUUACAAUGUACCAAUAAUUGAUGAUGAAAAAGAAGAAGAAGUUAAAAAGAUUACAAAAAUGUUUGAAGAAGUUCGCAUUCAAGAAGCAAAGGAAAGGGAAAAUGAAAGGAGAAAGCAAGAGAAGCAACAAACCUCUUCUGGUGGAGCAAUUGUCAAGCAAAUGAAACCAACAGAUUUCAAUUUCUUGCAUGUACUUGGACGCGGAAGUUUUGGAAAGGUUCUUCUUGCGGAAAAGAAAGAUACGGAAGAAAUCUACGCUAUAAAAGUACUGAAGAAAGAUGUUAUUGUACAAGAUGACGAUGUUGAAUGUACUAUGAUAGAAAAGAGAGUGCUCGCACUGAGUCAAAAACCUCCAUUCCUCACUCAACUUCAUUCCUGCUUUCAAACUGUGGAUCGCCUGUAUUUUGUUAUGGAAUAUAUCAACGGUGGUGAUCUGAUGUUCCACAUACAACAAGUAGGAAAAUUCAAAGAACCUCAAGCUGUGUUCUAUGCUGCUGAAAUUGCUCUUGGCCUUUUCUUUUUGCACGAUAGAGGAAUUGUUUAUAGAGAUUUGAAGCUUGACAAUGUGAUGCUUGAUGCUGCUGGUCACAUAAAGAUCGCUGAUUUUGGCAUGUGUAAAGAAAACAUUAAAGAUGGAAACACCACAUGCACGUUCUGCGGAACUCCUGAUUAUAUAGCACCAGAGAUCAUAGUUUAUCAACCAUAUGGAAAAUCUGUGGAUUGGUGGGCAUAUGGAGUUUUGCUGUAUGAAAUGCUUGCUGGACAGCCUCCUUUUGAUGGAGAAGACGAGGAUGAAUUGUUUCAAUCUAUCAUGGAACACAGUGUUUCUUAUCCUAGAUCUAUGUCCAAAGAAGCUGUAGGAAUGUGUAAAGGGUUGCUCCAGAAGCAUCCGAGCAAACGACUAGGAUGCGGAGAAGGCGGACAAAGAGAAAUCACUGAUCAUGCUUUCUUCCGCAUGACGAAAUGGGACAAGAUUGCUGCUCUUGAGAUUCAACCUCCAUUCAAACCUAAAAUCGGUAAUCCCAAAGACACCAACAAUUUCGAUCGUGCGUUCACCAGAGAAAAACUAGCACUGACACCUUGUGACAAACUUUUCAUCAUGAACAUGGAUCAGAGUGAUUUUGAUGGCUUCAGUUACGUCAACAAAGAUUACAAUGAAAAGUCAUAGUUGAAGAAAGAAAGAAAUAGACGAAUGAUUUAUAGCCUUUAAAAGGAAAAUAUAAAAAUGUUAUGUUAUUAUUUAUGUUGAGAUAAUCUUCAAAGGAGGACUAUGGUAAAGCAGGCCAAGAAUGCAUAUUUUAGUGUUGUCCUGUUGUCGAUAUAGCCUAACAGACAACAUACGUUUAUUAUGAAUGUAUUGGUGUAUUACCGAAUUUGACCAAACUUUGUAACAUGCAAAUGAUCAAGCCAAGGAAAAAGAAUACCUGCUGUAUGUCAUCGUAUAUGUAUCCGGAACAGAAUGAUAUAUAAAAUGUUUCCAGUUUUGUCGAAUUUCUACUUUAUAACUAUUGACAAUUUAAAGCCCUAACUUUUUGUGAAAUGUCCCCAUUUGUCUUUAUAUUAUUAUCUCAUUUUGAUUUAUAGUUUAUCAGAAAAGGAAAAAUAGUUGACAUACUUUGUUUCUUUCCCCAAAAUCUUUUGAGUAAUAAUGUUUGAUUUCAUGCAUUCUAACCUCAUUUUUGACACUAGCGUAUUGGCAUUUUAGUUAUAUAUACCAAGUGGUGCGAUUGAGGGGGUUUGAAUGUUGUAAUAGUCAGCAAACAGUUUUCUUGGCCCGUGAGAUAUAUACAUUUUCUGAAAUAAGGGAACCUGUUCUAGUGAGUUCGAUGCAAAAUUUUGAAUCCCAUCACUGUUGUCUGUUAUUUUUUUUUCACUUUUGUUUGCUGCAAAUAAUGUCAUCAUGACUUUACAAUGUACCCGAUUUAAAAUGAUUAUAAUUUAAAUUGGGAGGAGUAAAUAAUGAUUGUCGAUUUACGUUCUCGGAAUAUUCAACGAUAUAAACAUAAAAACAAUUCUUAAAUAUGUAUUCAGGAAUAGUAGUAUUUAAAUUAGAAAUUUAAAACAACUAUAUGCACCGUGAAUCUACAUGGAAAAGUAGAUCGCUAUGUUUAUUAUAUAUAUCUUCAGAGCGCUCCAAACCAUUGCUUUUUGAGUAUAAUAUGGCAACAAUUUUUCAAAUUUUGAAAUGAUGAUGAAUGUCGAUUAAAUUGAAAUAGAAAUGAAGAUAUAUACCUUAACCUUAUUUGUUUUUUCUUCUUCUAUAAUGUAGUAUAUUCUAAUGUGCUGUGAAAUGUCUAAAUCUUAUCAAUGUUCAUUUGUAAUUCAAUGUUACGAUCAUGUCGCAUACUCAUUCAUAUUACUUACCUAUUUUAGAUCAUCGCGGUCUUGUCCUUUUCUAUUUGAUUUUCCGCUGGGGGCACUGUGAAACCCGAUGGAUGUAUUUUGGAUUGGCUAGCUGAGAUUAUGGAGUGUAUUAAAUUUAUUGUGCAGUGUAUUAUUUAUUACUUUUAAUGUGAUUAUAAGCGUUGAGUACCUCGCACGUUAUAUUUUAUUGUUAACAAACUAUCUGUAUCUAUUGUUUAGCUUAAUCGAGGUAAAAGUUAACAUACGCGAGAAACAAAAAUCAUUCAAGUUA